AUGAAAGUAACCACGGAAGGUCGAAACACAGAGAUUAUAAAAGUGUAUGCACCACAGACAGGGUGUGAUGAUGCAGAAAAAACACAAUUCCAAAACGAUCUUGAGCAGGAACUAACAAGGGAUAACAUCCUAAUAAUAGGAGAUCUGAACGCACAAGUGGGAGAGGACAGAAGAGGAUUCGAAACUGUGUUGGGACCAUUCGGGUAUGGACGGCGAAAUACAGAAGGCGAACAGCUGUUGGAUCUGUGCAUCCGAAAUAAUCUCAUUAUAAAAAACUCCUGGUUCAAAAAGAGAUUGGCGCAUAAGAUUACGAGAUACAGCUGGAACGGUGAACAGAAGACACUCAUUGAUUAUGUGAUAGCGGAUAGGGAGGCCGGGAAAAGUGUAAUUGAUGUUAAGGUGAUACCGAGCGAGAACCUGGACAGCGACCACCGACUACUGGUAACGGAGCUGAAACAUCAUAUUGUGAAGGAAGUCAGGAACAGGAAAAUGCCAAGAAUCAAAACCUGGGAACUGGAUAAGGUGGAGAAAAGAACGGAAUUCAGAGCCAGGAUCGUGGAACAGUUACCAAGAGGUGCAAUAGGAGAUGUGGAAGCAGAAUGGAACACCUUUAAAACAUGUCUAGUCGAAACUGCAACCAAAGUAUGUGGGAAAACUAGUGAAAAAGUUAGAGAUAAAGAAACUAAGUGGUGGAAUGAUAGAGUUAGGAUAGCUAUAAAAGAUAGAAAUAAGGCGAGAAGAGCGAGAGACAAAGAGAAACAGAAGACAAAUAAGUGUGACCAACUAGUCAAUGAAUUGGAGGCGGUCUAUAGAGAAAAGAAAUUGAGUGCAAAGAGAAGGAGGUGUGCUGGAGGGUGUUUACUGACAGGAUAG